UUGACCAACGCAUUUCACUUUUCUUAGACGACAAAACUGUAUCAUCUGUAAAGAUUUAAACACACCCAUUUAAACAAAACAAAGGUCCAAUGUGAAAGUGCCAAACAAUUAAAAUGUCAUUAAGUCUAAAUCAUAUUUAUGUAACUUGGUCCUUUUCCUUUAAAUCUUCAGGUGCUUUCAAUCAAUAAGACAAUCAAGAAAAUUACUGUGGUCAGUUCUAAUUCAGUUUAAUCCUAUUGUUUUAUUAUUGGUCCAAACCGUUUUGUAUAAUCUUGUUUCAUUUCUCCACAAUGGUUAAAAACAGUAAUAAAUAACCAUGUAAUGCAUUUCACCUAUACAUUAUCGUGAACAAUUUGUACAGACUGUUUGAAAUGUAUCAUUACAAUGCAUCUGAUGUAUCCAUUAAGAUCACAUCGUUAUCGUUAAUCUUGCGAGCUCAUGUUGUUGUAUAAGGUUUAAUAAAUUCACUUUCUUCUAUCGCGUGCCUUCUAACUGGAAAUUCACAUCUUAAAGUGUAAUUUAACUGGUUUAAUCGUUACGUAAUAGAAAAUAAUAACCCCAGUAAAAAAAAUGAUGGUUACAUCGAGAAUUUUCGGUCAAUGACAUUAGGAAAAAAUUGUUUGCCGUUGCCAGGCACUUUAUAGAUCAAACAAUUCCCACUGCAUUCAAUUCGGAACGCUCAUUACAACUCGCCCGUAAAAAAAUGGUGAUAAUCCACGUGAAAAAAGGCGACCAAAGUUUGUUCCUGUACGAGACGACUCUCAAGACCCAAGUCGAGGACCUGGUGACUUCGGUGACCGCCAUCUACAACGGUCAGCUGAAAAUCGACCGGAUCUGUAGCGAAAUGGAGGAGCUGGCGAAGCACGGCACGUUGUACCCGCCCGAGAUCCUCGGGUUGUUGGAGGAGCAGGUCGAGGAGUUGAAGUUGGAGGACACGUGGGGGGAGAAGUGCAUGCCGAGCGGCGGGUUUGUUUACAACAAGGAUCCGAUCGGGAGGAGGAACGGGAAGCAGCCCAAGAAGCAUAUGCAGGAGGUGCUGACCAAGGCGGUCAAGGAUGUUAAGGAGAUGGUGUCCAAGAAAUUGGUACAGGAAGGUAAAUGCAUGACAAUGAAAAUAAUUCAAGAGGGCUUGAACGUGCUUAAAGGCGCAGUAACGAUUGUGUACCCGAUGAAAUUACCACCGCAUGACACAAUAAGGAUGGAGUUCGAGAACAUUGAGGAUUUGAGUGGUACUCAAGCAUCGUUGGAUGUUAUCGACCCGACUACUGCUCAAAUGUGGUUUUGUGGCAAGGAAAUGUAUCGUGAGGGCAAAACUGUUGGUGAUUAUGUCGGAAAACAGGAAAAUUGUAAGGUGAUCAUGAAACUUUCGAAGAGAGGACAAGGGGCGCCUUCACGUGAGCCGCUGAUGUGCGAAGAAGACAGGAAACAAUUGAUGCUUCACGCUUACAGAAGGCAAGAAGAAAUUAAGAAAUUGGAAGAAGAUGAAGACGAUAGUUACUUGAACGCUGAUUGGUCUGAUAGUGGUAAUCUUAAGAGACAUUUUCAUGGUCUCGAGAAUAUAUCAUGGAGACCCGGAAAGUAAUGAAACUAUUUCUAAUUAUUCACUAUAAUGUAAUGAAUGUGCAUUGAAUGAGGAUUUAGAUAAUUAAUAAAUAAUAAUAAAAGGA